UUUUUUUUCUGUGUUCUGUGGCGACUUCUUUAUGUCGCAUUUUUACUUAAACUGGAACGUUUAACAUUCGUAUCUAAUUUAAGCUUAAUCGAUCAAGAGUUUGUUCACAAUGUUGCAUGUGAUAUUGAGCUGUUUGUAAAGAAACGCCUGAGUUCAGGUGUUUUGCUAUUCCCACCAGUGGGCAAUUAUCGCCGUUAUCUCAUACAUCAAACAUGUGAGAACUAUCGACACAAAUACGAUCUCUUUACAUUCUCAGUGGGGCAGGGGCCGCAGCGCCGCACAGUUUUGUGUUUUCGCAAUCAACUAAUCGAUCCGCACGGUUUUGAAACUCGCAAAAUCCAACAACAAAAUCAACAUCAAACUGUGAAAAAUUGGCGCAGCACUACAAGAAGCAGCAGCGCAAACCGUAAACGUGUAACGGAGCUCUGUAAGAUGGGCGUAAAGAAGCAUAUCAGCGAGACACCUUUGAGCAAGUCCAAUUCGGUGGAUCUGUACAGGCCGCCAGCAUUGAGAAAGAACAGUAGUGAAGAGGCAGCGUCUGAAUCGACGAACGACCAACAACCAAAAGCAACAGCAACAGCAGCAUCGUCAAAUACGGCAGCAACGGCGACAGCUGCAGGCACAUCAACUACCUCGAAAUCGUCACCAAACAGAGAGCAACUGGCAGCAGCAGCAGCCACUCGGCGUGAACGCCGUCCCGACCGAGCCGUUUAUGUGCCAAGGGCACGACGCAGUCAGACAACACCGCCGACAACAACAACAGUAGCAGCAGCAACUACAACAGCAACAGCAACCACUGUUGAAACGGCAACAGUUGUCGACAUAACGUCACCCAAAGCGGACGAUACAACAAACAGCAAUAACAGCAACGGUCAUCAGGCAGGGAUUAAAAGCAAAAAAUCAUCAAAGCGUCGGGAGCAACGUGUUAAGAAAAUUAUAGAAAAACCCUGGGAGGAUCCAGAGGCCUCAGCCACACUCCUUGUGAUAGACAAACAGCCGACAUCGGCCCUCCGCGAGACAGAGACUCAAUUAAAUCAAGGAGGAGCAGGAGACGACGAGAGCAUUGGCAACUGUGAUAAAGAUAAAGAAAUCAUGAGCGGCAAUCAGCAACACAAAAUGGCCAACAAAAAUGGCACCAAACAGCUGCUAUCGACAGCAUUGCGCAUCGAAGAUGCCUCCAGCAAUUCUUCAGCAUCCGCUGAGGAUGCAACCAAAUGUGAUAAUGAUGUGCAGGAACUGCAACGUGCCUCAAAGGAAAUAAACCGCAGUAAUCGACGCAUCAUGAAACAAACAUUUAUAUCCGAUGUACUGGAGAUACCCGAUAAGAUUGAAAUCAAACCAAAAGCGCAAAAAGUUGCAGCAGCUUUACCACAACCACAACAACAACCACCACCACCUGCCGAUAGUACCACCGAAGAUGACGAGGAGGACGAGGAUGACUGGGAAAAUAUGUUCGAUGAAAGCGGAGAUUGUUUGGAUCCCAAGAUACUACAAGAGUUAACUGAUUCAGUGGGGAAAUGUAAAAUAGAACUACCCAAAAUGGACUACACCGUCUAUCACAUUAAACAGUCACUUCUAAACGAAGAGGAGUUUCCCCAUGUUUUGGAAGUAUCCAAUUUUCCAGUGGAAUUCAAGACGCCCGACUUGCUUAUGCUCUUCUCACAAUACAAAGGCACUGGUUUCGAUAUCAAAUGGGUGGACGAUACUCACGCCCUUGCCGUAUUUAGCAGUUCGCGCAUUGCUGCUGAAGUUCUAACCAUGGGCCAUCCUUUCGUGAAGCUAAAACCGCUAGCUGAAGCCACCUUGGAAUCGCGUCUGAAAGCUAAAAAAGCAGCCACCUCAUUGCAACCGUAUCGUCAGCGACCAGAGACCUGUACGGCCUUGGCACGGCGCCUCGUAUCCGGAGCUCUAGGUGUCAAACUGCCCACUGCACCGGAGGAAAGGGAGAAUGAGAGGCGUGUUUUACGUGAAGCCAAAGAGCGAAAACUUUUAGCUGCCAAACAGCGGGAUGAAGCCUGGGAAAGCUAGACUAAGAAAGGGCUUUAUCAAUUUAUGGAAGGUGCAUUUGAACAACAUACAAGAACCGAACCUACAACUACUAACCACAAUACUUUCUCAAUCAAAUCCAUCAUGCAAGCUAGGCAAAUCUGUACUUUCAAUGUUGUCGCUUUUUGUGCAAUUACAACAGAACCCCACAAAGGAAAUAACAAACAUAAUAGGAUACGGAUCUUCUGAUUCGUAUGUAAUUCUUGCUCAAUUUGUUGUACGCGCAGAAUCCGUAUCCACAUCCGAGACUAGGCCAUAAGAGAGAUAAAGAAUAUCUAUAUAUAUAUUUAUUUGUCGUAGCAAGUAAACAUACGUAGACCUCUAUAUAUAUACAUAUAUAUAUAUAAACUACUAUUGUAACUACUAUACAUGUUGUUUUAACUUCAGGCAUAAAAUUUAAUUUGUAAGUGCAAGCAAUUUAUAUACCUAAAUAUAUUUUAAUAAAGUUUAUAGAGCUUAAGUACAAAAGAGAUGCAAAACGAAAA